AUGUCCAUCUUCACACCGAUCAAUCAAAAACGUCUUACCAACGUCUCCGUUGUGCGACUUAAAAAAAAUGGAAACAGGUACGAAAUAGCCUGCUAUCCAAACAAAGUGCAUGCUUGGCGAGAAAAUCUGUAAGUUAUUUUAACAUCUUUUCUCCUAAAGACAGAGAAAAAAACAUAGACGAAGUUCUUCAGACCCAGGAAAUUUUUUCAAAUGUGUCUAAGGGUCAGCUUGCAACCAAGUCGGAUAUCCUUCGAGAUUUUGAUACCGACGAUAUAAAUGUCGUUCUGCAUCAAGUUUGUUGAGCUGCUGGGCCCUUAUUGUUUUUCUAGAUUUUGAGCGACGGCGACAUUCAGUUCACAGGAAAGGAAAGAAAAAUAGAAAACCAAAAUAUGUAUAGGGAUGUUGCCAAGAUAGUUUCGGAAAAGUGUAUCAAUUCUGAAACUAACCGGGCCUUUACCGUCACCAUGAUCGAAAAAAUGAUGAAGGACUGUCACAUAAAUUUGCAACCAAAGAAAAGCGCCAAGCAACAGGUAAGACGUAAUCUUCUUUCACAGUGGAUAGGCUUUAGAAGUUAUCAAACAGCUAAGGGCGGUGGAAGGAUUUAAAAUAGCACCAGCUAUGAUGGAAAUACUGAUAUCUCUGGACCCGAAGCUAGUGGAUACCUUAUCACCCAAUGUCCUCAAAUUAGUCCACCAGAUUGUUCGUCAAGAGCGCAACCAGGAGGGGAUUUUCGAGUUGGUCAGUCGUGUUCUUCAUUUCCAUCUCAACUCUGUCGCCAAAAAUCUUUAUCUCCCAUUUCAUUCCUUCAUUCCACCGUUUAGCCCUUUUUUUAUCUAGAGCGUCGUUUAUUGGCGGAGUAGAGGCAGGUGCGGGUUGACAGAUUCCUCCUCUCGGCCUUGCUGUCAACUACACGCCGUUAAGGGGUCGACUUUCAGUAAAGGCUGGUUGUGGGCCGUGCAGGUUUGUCUCUAGCGGGAAAUAUUCGCCAAAUAACAAUGGCACUCUUACUAGGCUGGGGGGUAUUUAAGUCUCGCAAGCAGACCACCCUACGAAAUCCCAGAGUCCAGUGACAGUAUAAUGAUCUAGCGAGUAUGAGUUGUGAUUAAAGAAUCUUUCUUAUUGUCAUCGGCUUGUGGGCUGGGCGUCCGCCCAAGAACCCACUUGAGGAAUAGAAGAUUACAUUGUGCCAAGUCUCAAAUCGUUUAUGAGAUUUGAACUCAUCUCUCAUGAUUACCGUCUCACGUUACGGCACUCGAAUCUGUGCCAGUAAAUUCUGUGGCAAACCACCGAGUUGACAUUUUUGGGCGAGACGACGCAGCAUAUACUGGAAUUUGCGGAUUUAUUUUGCGCUGACAACGGAGAACCUAAUUGUGCGGCCGUUGGCGUAGUACAAUGCAGACGUUUCCCCUCUCUUGGAUGUACCUGCAAGAUCAUGGUUUAUGCGCCAUUUAGGGUCCAGCUGCGUCGGAAUACCCCAAUCUCUAUGAAAACGGUGCCACUGACAACUGGUAUAAAUGGGACUGCGAUUAUUUUCAGUCGUCAAGACAAACCUUCCCUUCCACCGAGGCUUCCACCUCUGAGUCUUUGAAGUACUGUUGCCAAUACCAGUUAUUGCAGUACACGCCCCAACGCUGGAUCUCGAGGAUACAGAGAAAGUCGCAUUCUAUGGUAAUUUACGAACCAUAGUUGGGCGUGUUGUAAUGUGCGACUUUGUCGUUGCCGAAGAUUGGAUUAUCAGAAUUGGUGAGCACGGUGCGGCAAUAAGGCAAGUUGUCGGUCUUUACUUACUGGGUAACCGUUGAGGUAACGAUGAAGGGGUUAACCGUUUUAUCGUUACAAAUACCAGUUUCCGGCGUUUCACUAGGGUGCUGAGAUUUGGGUCGCAAACAAAACCGAGUACACUCCAUACUUGGAACAUCCCGCUGGGUCAACUUAGUCCUUGGCUGCUGCAUGAGGUGUCGUGUCGCCACCGGCACUGCGAAUAGCCCUGACUAUACUCUUCAAAGAGCUCGUCUAUUUUCACGGCUGCACACUCCCUGAAAGGACCGACGUACGAGGAAGUACGGCGUUGACCGUUACAAUAAUUCCGUAGCCGCUGUGGUUUUGGCACGACUGUCUUAAACCCAUUUAUCUCACGGACGGAAACGACAACCGACACAUACGGCAGUAGUCAUCACCGCAAGGAUGGAAUCUCUGCCAAAGCGAUUUGUUUGGCGGUUAAUGCAGGGUCGUAGUUGGCCGUCAAUCAUGGCGAUCCGAGGUUCAGAGACUUACAUCGUGGGACCGCGUGUGCUGCACAGCACGAUCGUAACAAAUUCUGGAGUUAAACUGAUUGAGAUCCAGUUUGCGCAUCAGCUGGUCACGAUGCCCGAAUGAUACACCAAAUUUUGGAGGGGAACCACUCUGUCACCCAUUUGCUCCACCGGUCAGCGACAAUCACGGUGCGAUAUCAGUGUCACUGUUAUAAACGGCAAUCUUGUAGAAGAGUAUUUUGCCCAGCUUCUAAAUACGGCCUGCUCAACCUUUUCAGCCACCGUCUAGUUUGAGGGCACUCCGGCGUUUGACUAUCAACUGCAGUCCACAGUCGUCUGGAGAGACUCUCAGUGAUAUGGUCCGAUGGGGCAGUUGACGAGGGUUGUGGAAGUCAGCGGGCUCUGCCCGAUCUUAUUAACCACCCAAUUACAUGAUCUCCUGGCAAAAAUUUACAACAGAGAAUGCACUCACAGACUGGAUUAACACUGCCGUUACGCUAUUCUACUCACACUGCCGAGAGCGACAGGUACCUGUGUAACGAGUUACCACGACAUCAUACCAAUGCCGCUUAUGCUCCGCAGUCGUGUUCUCACAACGUUUACGGUUAUGGUGUGAUUCGGUGGACAGUCAGUUGGAGUUUCGGCCUGAGCAACGUGCGCUGGUCAACACUUCCCCUUUCAUUCAACCAUUGGACAUGGUCGUCGUUACAAGCCGCCAACUCUCGUCUCUCUCACAGUUUUUGGAAUAUACAUUUCUUCCAGUCCAUGUCAACUUUGUGUGGUCGCUCGUGCGGAAUGAAACAUACAGCCUAAGUUGGUUCUACUGAAUUAGGCCAUCUAUCGUAAGGGAUGGCGUGGAGAGUACUUUCGCCGAUUUAUCUCCGGCAUCCGUCAUGUGUGCAUUAUCUUGGCAAUUCUAUUAAACUGCCUGACACAUUGAGUUCUACACUGCACGUCCGCACGCUUUUACCAUAGGGUAAGUUAACAUCUAUCAUGGACAUCGCCUGCCCUGAUUAUGUUGGUGAUUUCUUUUGCAUACAUGCACCGUGAUUUAUUACAUAUGCGUACUGAUGCAGGGGAUCUGGGCUUGAAAAUAUGCUCCUACAAGAUAGUUAUUAUUGCUCACGUGUUAGUCCUGAAAAGUGUUUUCCCGGCCAUGAAGAUUGGUAAAGUUUUGCUCAGUGUGAUAUCCACAGCAGCCUCGGGAGAUUCAGUACAACGUCCUGCAAGCUUGCACUCUGUCACACACCGUCAUUGGUCGUAAUCUCGGAGGGGCUCUGUGGUUUUAACGGAGCCGAAUUUCCACUGGGAUGCUGGCUAAGUGACCUUGACUAUAUCGACCAUAUCACCCUUCUGACAUUAAGCUGUAAUGACAUCUGGAAUGUUCUGUUGCGGGUGAGCGUGGUUCCUAGAUCAGUCGCCCUAUCCGCCAACGUUGGAAGGAUAAAGCGUUCUUAAGCUACAUUUAACCGGCAAAAGGUGGUCCUCUUGAUAAAUGGCCGUCAUUUAGAAGAAUUGGACUGCUCCGAAUAUCCCGAGGCGAAGCUGCCGGACGGACUGUAAUGACAGCGUCGUCAUCCGAGUUGAUGCCGUCCGUAGAAUUUUCACUAGCCUUCGGUACAGCCUCUGGAACUAUCCGGAUAUUUCCAUCGCCACGGGAGCAUCUGUCUGCCCAGUGCUAUAUGAUUGUGCAUGCCGAGCCGUGCGGGCAAAAGACGGACGAAAAAUGAAGGUUUACAACGAUCUUUGCUAAAGGGCGGUCCUUUGAGUAAGGUCCAGACCUCAGCUCCAAUGUGAGUCCGCACUCAUUCUGACGGCGUUAAGUUCGCAGACUAUUAAGAAGUAUGGCCGAGUCAAUUUGGGCACAGUUUGCACUCCCGCCUCCUCAAGACGCGGUCCGUCAAGACCCGUAAGUGGUUCUUACACCCAUAAUCGGCAUGUCGCUGGAGGGGCAAGUGGGUCGUGCUCUCCAGAUCCGCCGCUGCUGCUAAUAAUCACACAUAAACAGAUAUUAUCCGUGGCGUUAUCGAAACCGUCUAGAUAUGAUUGCAGCCGUGCUGAACUCUAUCUGGGCCCUAUCACGGGAAAUGGUAUUUAUUCCUCAGUUCUCCCUUAUGUACGCCUCCUCGGGUUGCGAAGAUGGUUUACCGGGAUUCUGAGAAGUCUUUAUGGUGUUUUCCACUAAGUUAGCGCCCCCGCAGUUGCGACAUUCUUAUUUUUAUAUUGAGGGAAACAGCAUAAUUGCUUUAGUCCUGCGGACAGGCAUCACAUGAAAUUUUGUGUCCAGCUUCUCUUAGUCCAUCACCACUCGCAGAGAAAUGUCGGGUUGAGCAACGAUGACUUCUUCCCUACAAUGUUGUACUUGCACUCAGUGGGUUUGUAGGAAGGCUUGUCUUUACUUUGACCCUCUGGCUAACCUAAUAGUUGUUCAACAGCGACGAACGCGUAAGAGGGAAGAGCUUACCGCCGGCUGUUUCCUUCCCAAUCGCUAUGGCAUGUUGGGCUCCCUUAUUUUCCUCCGAUUAUGCGGUUACCUAAAUUCCAGACCUCGAUGGCGCAUUGUUAUGAUUAUUUGGUGCCAAUAUCUCUCGUAUGUGAGACUCUAAUGAACUUCAUGCUGCGCUGGUCGCCCUCUGUGAUUCGGUCCACCAGAGUUCACUACUGCUUCUUUGAGAAGUCGUGAUUGCCGCCAGAUCAAUGAAAUAUUUGUCGUAUUCUGUAGAACAGUGUCCAGGCUGUGCUUAAGGCGUCUAGCUUUUAAAAUAACCCUGUCACUGCAAUAAGAGAAGACCAAUAAAUACCUAGAAAUCCAUUAUUUGCUGUUCUUUUGAAUACCGUCUCUGGCUCCUCUCGCAGAUGCUGAAUUUUUUUGAAUACCCAACCAAUUCCAUAAAAAGUACGCAACUCUAGUUUUGUGGCUGUGCAGGCCUGGUUUCUUUUUUGUUCUCUUAGUGUAUUCAUAUGGGAAUAGCUAGCCUACCGACACUCGGUCUCGUCUAGUGGUUCGUCCUUGACUCUUCUUACCAGGACAUUAAUUCAUGCUAUUUACUGUAUCUACCGUCUGUAACUGUUAAUUUUUGCCUUCUAGGCUGCCGUAAUUGAACCGGAUAAUUACCAUGCCUUGUUGAACAUUCUGGAGGAGCAGGCCAAAAACCGAUUUUGCAUUGAAAUUAUUGGUCCGGCCUGGCCAGGGGACGCCACCCGUAGUCGACAGGCUGCAGCCAGGUCCAAACAGUUAAAGAAGACUCACGAGUCGAUUCCUGAGUCGGUGCCUGAAUCUGUCAGCCCUCGAACGCUACCGGAUGUUACGGAACCGACAGCCGCUCCACUUGACGGCUCUUCUAUAACCUCCCCGAAUGAUGUUCAGGACAGUAAGACAGCUGUUGGUAAUGACUCCGAGGACGAUGACUACUACUCGCUUGCAGGUCGGAGGGCAGCCCGACAGAAUAAGCGGAGAAGCAAGAAGAAGGCCGCUGCUACAGCUGCAUCCACUGUUGGCAGUACGAAGACCGGAUGA